AGGUGAGCGGAUGUCAAGUCGGAAGUCUCGGGAAUAUGGGGCAUCUCUUGAGGGUUCCCAUUGUGGCGCAAGGCACGAGACUUCCGACUUUCCAGACGGUUCGAAGCAUCGAAGCAGGGAACAUGGGAAUCAAAAGCGAGCUUCACGAAUGUGUGAAGGAUGACUCCGCCUUCUUGGGAUGUCCAACUUUCCGUCUCUCAAGAAAAAGAACAUUUCCUCCUUCGUGGGAUCACGGACGGCACUUCCCUGGAAGAAUUCAACGUAUUUACCAUCCUGCCUACAGUACUGCAGCCUCAACCAGACCUCUCUGCAUCGCAGGACACCUUAAGGACCUCAUCGAACAGUAGGAUAGCGACAAGGUUUCUGGGGUACUACAGAACCGUGGCCGCGUACCCAACCGUACCGGUCGCGGAUGGAGACUUUGUAGAAUGUGUGUAUGUCUACUUCUGAGUAUUGCUGCUAAUGCCCUAGAAUACUCGGAGGUU